AUGCAUUCUGCCAACCGAGUUAGAGGUUCAGCUCGAUUAAAUCGACGCCACCAACAACCCGUCCCAGAGCAGGAUGUAGGCCUAGCUAUGCGCGCAAACGAGGUUGAGGCAGUUCUAUCAGAAUUCGACCCCGACAACAAACGCAACCAAUCCGCGGAGGAGUGGCUAAAUGAGAUCGACUCAAUGGCAGAGAUUUUCGGAUGGGACCAGAGAAGAACAUUACUGUAUACUUGUAUGAGCUUGAAGGGGCCUGCAAAAUUCUGGUAUGACGGUUGCAAACAACAGCUGCGAAGCUGGGAGAUUUUCAAAGAACAGUUUCUCGAAAACUUUCCGACAGUCAUUGAUUCGGCCAGCAUUCAUAAGAAACUGAUAAACUUAAAACGGAAACCGGAUCAGUCUAUUGAGUCGUAUUUCCACGAAACAGUUGCCAUGGGUAGAAAAAUCCGUUUAUCAGAUGACUUGAUUAAGGAAUAUCUAAUUAAAGGCUUACCUUAUGCGUCUACGCGAGCCGUAAUGGCUCAGGAAGCGAAUGGCACGUUACCCCAGUUUCUGAGUGCAUUGAUGAGAGUUGAUCGGGCGACUAAGGAUAAUGACAAAAGGGAUACUUUCUCAAGUGGACGUUCUGGAUUCACUAAGACACCAGCUAGAAAGUCAAUGGAUACUUCUCAGGGUACUUUUGCGCCAAACCGAAGUGGACAAACACCUCGCGCUCAAACACCUCGUGGUGCGACGACGAACAUUGUCACAGAACCCGGAACUUCGAGAGGAGCGCAAGGAUUUUCGAUCUCCGGUGGCAUCAAACCACACCACCAAAUAAAUAACGUGGUUUACCAGAAAACUGCCGUCAUAAAGGACGCUUCAGUUAAUGCUUUCAUCGAUCUGGGCAGCGAGAGAACUAUAAUUGGAGAAGGAGUUGCGAGGAAACUACAACUUAACAUUGAGCCAGAUUCAUCGAUUCUAAAGGGAUUCGCCGGAGGAGAGUGCAGAGUACUGGGAACCACGACGGAAGCUAUUCAAAUUGACGGAUUUACUAAUCAAGUAGCGAUUCUGAUUGUUCCCGAUUAUGCAAUGAAAUAUGAGCUCAUGAUAGGAGAUGAUUUCUUCCAACAAAGGGGUGUAUCAGUUGAGAGGACAAUGGAUGGAGUGACUAUACGGCACGAGCAACCAGUGGUUAUGACCGUGCAGACUGGCAAACAAAGUAUCUCUAAGAAACUUCUGAUAGUGAACGACUUGCUCAUCGAGUCUAGCGCUGCACCCAUCUCUAAGCAACAGUUGGUUAAAUUAGUCAAUCAGUAUCGCGAUUGUUUUGCCAUCAGUACCAAUGAAAUUGGUUUCACUAAACUAGAAACAAUGCAUAUCCGCUUGAAGGAGGACAGGGUUAUACGACACGUACCGUACCGAGUGGCGUAUGGGCAACAAAAAUAUUUGCGAGACGAAAUUGAUGAGAUGCUACGAAACGACAUUAUCGAGGAAUCAUCGUCGGAAUUUGCAAGCCCAGUGGUUAUUGUUCCGAAAAAAACUGGUGGCUUCCGCAUGUGCGUGGACUAUCGGAUGCUAAACAGUAUCGUCCAAAGGGAACACUUUCCGAAUACGCGAGUCGAAGAAGAACUUCAUCAGUUAACUGGAAAGCGCGUUUUUACGUUGCUCGAUAUGAUGAGUGGUUAUCUACAGAUUGGCGUUGCUGAGGAAUCCCGAAAGUAUACGGCAUUCGUCACUCCAGAUGGUCAUUACCAGUUCAAACGCGUCCCCUUUGGCUUAUCUAACUCAGUAAGUGUAUUCUGCAGAGCUAUGAGUAAAGUUGUACGACCGUUGAGAGAUCAAGGGAUCUCCUUUUACAUGGAUGACGUUGUGAUCGCGACCGAAACUGAAGAACAAAAUCUGGCGUUAUUGGAACGGUUCCUGAUCGAGGUGGCGAAAUCUGGAAUGACAUUAAAAGUAAGUAAAUGUGAAUUCUUCAAAAGGUCCAUCGAAUAUUUGGGUCACAUUGUCGCUGAAGGAUGUGUUACGCCUGGGGAAACCAAAACCGAAGCAGUAGAAAAGUUUCCUGUUCCGACCGACGCUAGGACUGUACGCCAGUUUCUUGGACUCACCGGCUAUUUCCGUCGUUUUGUUCAAAACUACGGCCAAAUAGCAGCUCCUCUGACACGCCUUACUGGCAAAGUAUCAUUCAUUUGGGGAGAGACCGAACAGAAGGCAUUUGACAAUCUAAAAUUAGCGUUGACUCGACGACCCGUUUUGGCAUUGUACGACCCAGCUCUACAACAUCAGGUCCAUUGUGAUGCUAGUAGCUUCGGAUUGGCAGGAAUUCUGAUUCAGAUAAACCUCAAGAAUCAAACUCAACCUGUCAUGUAUUUCAGUAGAGCUACCACCGAAAUCGAAUCUCGCUAUCACAGCUAUGAGCUUGAGGCACUUGCAGUGGUAGAAAGCUUGAAAAAGUUUAGGUAUUAUCUUCUGAAUAAGCACUUCGAAGUUUAUACUGACUGUCAAUCCCUAGCUCUGACAAAGGCUAAAAAGGAGCUCAACCAUAGGAUCGCCCGCUGGUGGAUGUAUACCCUGCAGUUCUCAUUCGAUUUGAAGUUCCGAUCCGGCAAGCAAAUGGAUCAUGUGGACAGUCUCAGCAGGAACAUAACGAGGGGGACUCAAGACGUCGAACAGGUCUUGUCCGUAAAUAUAGAUUGUUUCGACUGGGUCGCCGCACUUCAGUUGCAGGAUGGGCUGAAGUUUGUUGUACCUGCCACAGUCAGGUUCCAUGUUGUAAAGUCGCUACAUGAUGACAUGGGCCACCCAGGAGUCGAUAAAACCACCGAGUUGGUAAAACAGGACUUUUGGUUCGAAGGCAUGUCUGCAUUCAUCAAGCAAUACAUCAAAUGCUGCAUCGAGUGCGCCGCAAGCAAACGAGGUUUAGACGAGACACGAUACCAAAUCCAUGCUCAUCUGAAGGAACCGAUUCCGUUCUGGGUCGUCCACAUUGAUUACUGCGGUCCAUUUCCUAGAAGUAAACGCCAAUACACAGCUGCUAAAACGCCCAGGGGAAACGGACAGGUCGAGCGAUGUUUCCAAUUUGUCACCAGUGCACUAAAAUGUUUCACUACGGGGAAAGAUGAACGCGAAUGGGACACUAAUUUGCCUGCCGUUCAAUGGGCUAUGAACACCAUGAAAAACCGUACGACUGGAGAAAGUCCACACGUCAUACUCUUGGGUUAUCGUCCCAGAAACGUGUUAAAUAAUAAGUUGUUGCUGGCCCUACGAGACGAAUCUGAUUUAACCGAUGAGAUAAAAUCACUGCCGGACAUCAGGCAAAAGGCGCAAGAACAGAUGACACAAAACGCCGAGAAACAAGCUGCGCGUCACAACACAACCCACAAGGCUCCAUUGACUUACAACGAGGGAGAUUUAGUUUUAUUGCGUUUUGAGCCUCCCGCAGACGGCAGUUCCAGGAAGUUAAUGCCUCGAUUCCGGGGUCCUUACAUAAUUCAUAAGGUUCUUGGAGCAGACCGCUAUGUCGUGAAAGACACUCCUUCAACUCAGGUUACACAAAAGCCCUUCGAGUCGGUAUACGCUGCAGACAAAAUAAAGCCUUGGGGGCAGCCACCGGAGGAUGAUUUCCCUGAGGUCGAAGAGGACGAAGAGGAGUCAACUGAUGCUGAUGAACAAAACCCGGUUUAA